AUGCUUUAUUUGACCAUCAAAGGUGACUUAUCCUCAAACAUUGAAAAAGUGACUCCUCACGACCUAGAGACGGAACCUGCAGAAUUUACAUUUGAUGUUGUUUGUACAAGUUGUAGAGAAGCUCAUGACUCUCCUAUUAUGAUCAAUUCUUUCGAAAGGCAUGAAAUGCCUGGAAGUCGAGGUGAAGCUUCGUUCCUUAUGAAAUGUAAGUUUUGUGGCAAAGAUUGUUCUAUAAAUUUGGAACACUUUGAAGAUUCUUUGUAUAAUGAACCAAACAUUAACAAAGACAAGAGAAAGAAACAUGGAUUAAAUAAAUUAAAUGAUAACGUUGCUGUUAUUCUACAACUAGAUUGUAGAGGUUGUGAUGUCACUAAAUUUUACUUUAAUAGUAAUUUGAUCUUUGAUGUUCAGUUAACCUCUGGUAAAAUAAUGGAAUGUCAAUUUGACCAAGGUGAAAAUGAAUGGUAUGAUUAUGAUGAAGAUUCAGGUGAAGAAGUUUCAAUCACAUCUUUUGAAUACGAAUUUGUUAAAGGUAAAUAA